AUGCAUAGUGCUCUAAAUCGACUCCAAUCAACCUUCGGGUAUUUUACCAGCUGCGCCUUUACUCUCGCUUGCAUAAUCGCCGUACUCUCCGUAAUACCCCUACCUGCUCCAACGGGCUCGCCAAGCGCCUCAAUAUCCGUCCGGAAUGUCCAAGUCGUGAAAGGCCGUCCGCACUAUUACUCCCCUAAGCGCGAAGAAUACGCUCAAAUCAGAUUCGAUCUUGACGCCGAUCUAUCAAGCCUGUUCACGUGGAAUACGAAGCAAUUGUUUGUCUAUGUCACGGCAAACUAUCCUGGUGGGAAGAGUGGGACAGGUGGAAUGUCUGAAGCUGUCAUCUGGGAUACGAUCAUCCCUGCAACAUCCACUCCAUGGUCCUGGCAGAAUUUGAAGCAGACCUACUUUCCCGAUAAGAAGUCAAAAUCUAAGAGCAGGAAAUCCUCGAAUACAAAACCCAAGACCAAAGAUCUUGUCAAGCCAGGCGUUAUUUCUUUGAAGAAUCAGAAACCAAAAUACCAAAUCACCGACCCCAGCGGUGUCAUCAGUGAGAGGGGCAAUGCUACUCUGCAAGUCAGUUGGAAUGUGCAGCCUUGGGUGGGCGCUCUGGUCUGGGACAAAGGAUAUCUCGGCGACAGAAUCGGAAAAUGGGCUCCUGGUAACGUGGGCAGAAGUGAGAUCUUCGAAUUUCCUCCACUGAAGGGGGCAAAAACAGAUGUGGUCAAAGACACGGAAGGGCCAAAGACCCCAAAAGUCGGCUCAGCUUCUCCGGUUGUUGAGAUAUAA